GAAACGACCCUGAAAAGGUCAAUUUUUUUAAUAAAAGUAAUCCAGUAUCAUAUAUUCUCAUGAACUCUUAACCCUAGUAAUGUAUGGUUUUGUUUUACUAAUUAUCCACAAUAUUUGAUAGCCGAUUCAGUUAUAAUUUUAAUGUGUUGAUUUAUGAAGUGGGGGUCGGACUUCCAUACACUUGUAAUAAGGAUUAAUGAGCCAUUUCCUUUGUGUAUACUUUAGUCAAAAUAUUUAUUAGGUUUGACAUAAUACAGUUUAUAGCUUUAAUAAACCAGCCACCUUCUUAAUUAACUGGUUUUGAUAAACCUUAAGCUACGUUGCCUGUUCAAGAAUAAUUUCGUAAAUUGCUUGAUAGAAUAAUCGGUGUCUAUCGGAAAUAGGAUAUUGUAAUUUGAACACAAAAAAAACAGGACAGUGAAGAUAAUUUGAUCUCGAUAUAAUUCUACAUUUAGUCCAGAGACUCCAGACUAAUAAAGAUAUCUUACGAACACAAAGGAUGAAUUAGUGGACCUGGUCUAGACAAAUAAGCCACGCACAAUAAGCCUGGACUGCAAGGAAGAGGCAUAUUUACAUGGGAAGAUGUGAAAGUUGUAGAAUCUAUCACUUAUUCAUGGACACUUCAAACUAAUGACUUUACAAUGGUACAUGUAUAUAAAAGAUGAUUGUGAAGAUAUUAAAAGACGAGUUAAAUAUCUACAGCUUAUGAGAUGAAGUUAAUGCCAAGAUUUCUACUUCUGCUAUUUUUGCUAUCAGCACUGACCAUGUUAUUUGUUGCCAAGUGUGGCCUACAUAUUGACCUAGAAUCGAGUCAAACUGGUCUGCCAAUACCUGACCACGAUCAUAUCAAAUCUAGGGGAUUAUUUAGUGACAUUAUAGACGAAACUGAAAAAAAGUACCAAAAUAAAAUUGAUGAACUUCAAGAAAAAAUAACUGCAUUGGAAAAAUCUAUCAAAGAUCAAACUACAAAAAUGCAAAAUGUCUCAAGUCCGAAACCUAGUCCGUCCGAAAUAAUAAUUGAAGGUGUUAGCGAUGUGACCUUUAAUCAGGUGAAUGUUUCAAAUGAAAUGCAACAGUAUUUUGAAGGAAAAUUAAAAGCAGCUGAGAUUUUACAUGGCGUUGAAAUGAAAUCAGAAUAUGAAAUAACAGCAUUUAAUAGAUUUACUAUAAACCGUAUUUAUCUUGUUGACCCAGGAUUAGGAAAAAGGGUCGUGGAAAAACCCAUAGGUCUAAAAAGGAGGGAUUUACAUGAAGUCUUGACAUUUGCUAUAAAUAUUUUAAACAAACAGAGACCAAUGGAGUCUAAACAAUUUAGCUUUAGUGAUUUUGUUGAGGGUAUUUAUAGGACACAUUCGACCUCAGGGACUCAUUAUGAGUUAUUUUUCCGAAAUUUAGAUUUUUUGACUGAUAAAAGUAGAUAUACAAAAGUUGUUAUAAUGAGACCAUUUGGACCACUGUUUUCGGUUUCCACAACGCAAGUUAAUACUGGACAAGAAUGGAUAAAUUUAAUUUUGCCGCUUAAAAAUCGCCUAGAUUCUUUUAUGCAAUUCAUGACAAGAUUUGAAGAAACAGUUAUUGCAAAAGAUAAAAGAGUUUUCUUAACUGUUGUAUAUUUUGGGAAUGAAGGAUUAAUGGGAGCUAAAAAUAUCAUGUCUGCGACAGCAAAAAAAACAGGAUAUAAACAUUUACGACUGGUAAAUUUAAAUGAAGAUUUCUCCAGAGGUCGGGGAUUGCAAGUUGGUGUUCAGAACUGGAAGAAUGGGGAUGUAAUAUUAUUCCUUUGUGAUGUUGACAUUGUUUUCUCAUUAGAAUUUUUAGAACGUUGCCGUCUCAACACAGAAAGAACAAAAAAAGUUUAUUACCCAAUUGUGUUCAGUCUAUAUAACCCAAAAGUAGUUUACACAUUGCAGGGAUAUCCUAUUCCACAAGAAAAAGACCAACUUGUUAUUUCAAAACAAACUGGAUUUUGGCGAGAUUUCGGUUAUGGAAUGACUUGCCAGUAUAGAUCUGAUUUUCUCACGACCAAAGGAUUUGAUGAAACUUUUAAUGGAUGGGGUGGUGAAGAUGUCGCCUUAUAUAAAAAAUAUGUCCGCAGCCACUACAUGGUAAUGCGAGCCACAGAUCCAGGCAUUUUCCAUUUGUGGCAUGAAAAAUAUUGUGACCCUAAGUUGCCUACGGAACAUUAUGAGGGAUGUAUUAGAUCAAAAGCAUUAUCAGAAGCAUCACAUCCGCAGCUUGGAUUUUUAGUAUUUCAAGAUGAAAUGAAAAAUCGACAAAACCAAUCUAAUUUAUCUCUCAGGAAUAAUAAUCCAACAGUGAGAAGGUGACCAACAAAAUAAAGUUGUUUUUU